AUCUGUUUGCUGUCAUUCUGUGGUGGUUUUCCUCCUGAAGCAGCUGGAGAAGUCAAAUCGCGAAGACAUGGUUGCUAAAAGUGAUGCCAACAAAAGGAAAUGUUUCAGGAAGCCCAAUUCCUUCCUGUGGACCGCAACAUCGGUGGUGAUAAUAUACGCAGUAAGUGUUCAUUUCAGGAUUAGAUGGUGUUAAUUUAGUGUCAGGCCGAGACUCAAAUGCAGAUAUCCAAAGUUCACAAGUUUAUUCAAGCGUUUAAACAAUUGGCUAUGAAAUUAUCUAGAGAUAUCGCUCUAGUAAGUAAAGAAAAACUCUAAUAACAGAAAACGCUCCGAAUGGGAGGAUAAGGAAAAUCAACAAGGCUAUAAAACUUAGUGAACAGAAAUCGCUCCCGAGGGAUAUAAAGAAUAUAAAGGCUAUAAAAUUUGACCAACAGAACAAAAGAAUCUCACGAGGCUAGUUAACAAAAUAAACUUCGCUCCUAAAACAUGGAGGAUAUACUAUCACAAAUACUCCAAAUCUAACAAACAAAACACACUCCAGGAGAGGACUCUAAAUCGGCUAUGAAAAUAAAGACAGAAGGAUCAAAACUAGACUAUGAAAAGUUACAAACAAAAAACACUCACGAAGAGGAACAAAGGCUGACGAUGACAAGAACACUGCGGCUGUGACGAGGAUCAAAGACGGGCUCGGGUGAAUCGACCAAAGGACAAAGACACACUGGCACAAGACAGGGGAGAAGCAGGCUAUUUGAGCGCGUGGAGGUAAUGGGGAACAGGUGGAAACAACAGGUCUGGUGUGCGCUGUUGCUCAUCUUGACGGCAUCGGGACACCUUCUGAACAGCCAGAGCCUCGAAUGUGGGAACAGCGAGGAGGAUCUUGUCGCGUCCAGGCUGAGGAACGAGGCCCGCCUGGUGUAUCUGUGGUCAGGGCUCAGCCUGCCGAUCUGUACCUUGCUGCUGCUGGAAUUUUGGAGAAAGGAGGGCUUCUUUGCAAAAGUGGUAAUGGGUACGACCUCUGUCCUGUUGGUGAUUAUGUGUGUAUCUUUCAGCCAUCUGGAGAAAAAAGAGGCUCAGGAGAUAAAGGAGUUUGAGGAGCGAUACCUGGCUCUGCUGCCUUUGACGGAUACACCAGGAAACACAGAAAACUGGCUGACUGACACAACCUGCCAUACACUCAACAAUGUGCAUCGCUGGCAGGCUGAGUUUAAGUGUUGUGGACUCCAAGGCCACCAAGACUGGGAGUCGUCGAUCCCAGACUCCUGCUCGUGCGACGGAGUGGACAACAGCUCUGGAUGUGUUGGAGCUGGAAAUGGCUUUGUUCACGAAAAGCCUUGUCUUCCUACAGUCUUAUCCCUUGUAGAAAAGCGCAGCUCCACGUUUCGGACCGUCAUGAUAGUUUGGAUCACCAUCAUUGUUGUUCCCGUUGCCGUCUGGGUGCUGUGGAUCAUGGCCUUGUGUUUCCUUUGUGAUUACUGGGACAUUAUCAGUACGUGUUGUUAUAAGCUGAAUGCUUGCAUAUACAGACUGCGUGGGGGAGAGGAAAUGGUUCUGGUGCUGUUCAUCAAAGAGAACAAUAACAACCAAUCAGAGGAGGGAAACGGGAAAGACGAGGAAGCAAAAGAAAGCGGCGGGGAUGGCGGUGUGGUCUUAGACGUAGAAGGCACACAUGCAGAGGGAGAGGGAAAAGAGGCGGCGAAGGAGGACUUGAAUGUCAACCCUGUGACAGUUAUUCCUCUGUCAGAGCUGAGGAGGCUGCAGGAAGAGCUCAACCCGCCCCCCGUCCAACACCAGGUCUGGUGCUGGUGCAUUCUCCCCAGUAAACCCAAGACCUUGUACACCGUCCAGCUGGAGGAAGGGUCGCCGCUGCUGCCCAGUGGUGCCGUGCUGGUGGAUCCCAACAAACACAGUGAUCCGACCUUCUGGGCAAACGGACACAUUUUUAGUUUUGAACAUAUUGUUUGGCCAGGAGGGAGAGAGAGGGAUCCACUAUUGUAGCGUCAGUACGCAGCACUGUCAAAUCUGAAGAAUAGAUGAUGCAUUUACUGAAUCUCACACAAUUCAUACCUAAUAAGAUUUUUGAAGUGUUAAUUAUUCUAAAAUGUUGGAAAAAAACUUGGGGGCACUGGUUGAUUUUAGUUAUGUGCGGAUAUUUGUAAGCAAAAGUCUUUCAAUUCAAUAUAAAUUGCUAGCGCCAUGAUUGUAGGGAUGACAGUAUCAUCCUGUUGGUCAGUCAGUCCGUCCACAGCUUUCAGACUGAAAUAUCUGAACACCUGCUGGACUGGACUGCCCCGCCAGUAUAUUUUGUACAGACAUUCAUGGUGCCCAGAGGAUGAAUCCUGCUGACUUUGGUGAUCCUCUGGUUUUUUCCUCCACUGGCACAAUGAGGUUGACACUUUUCAUGGUAAUAUCUCAAAAGCUAUCGGAUGGACUAUUGCGUAAUUAGGUGCAGACAUUCAUGGUCACCAGAGGAUUGUAAAAACUACAAUCCCUGUAAUCUUCAUCUGGUCUAAUGCAUUAGGAUACGUACAUACAUUCAUGUAUGUUGAGAUAUUUCACAGUGAAACCUUAGACCUGCUGGUGAAAUGAAUUUUCAUCCUCAGGGGACCAUGAAUGUCUGUACUAAAUUUAAAAGAGGAGCACAGGCUAACAGAAAGUAACACUCCCACCAGGACCCAGCUCGGCUCCGCCUCUCUGAGCUGGAUGAACCUGCAGACCGUGAAGUCGUAAAUGAAGAGCUUGUACUUUCCUGCUUCAGUUACACUGUCACGUCUCAGCAAAAUAAAUUACACUACGUCAAGCUCAUGGCCUUGUGAGGGGAAACUGUGCUGUAUUUAGAAGUUGUUUCCCGGCAACCCCCCCCUCGGAUUUCUCUUCAUUACACUUCCACUUAUCUUAUACAAACAGAGCAGGAACCUCUGGCUGACUGUCAAUGUAAACAGCAGUAAAUCAGUAAGUCUGUGUGGGUGAGACAGAUAGUUUAACCGUCCAGCCUGUAUUGAUAUUAUUAUGCAUAUUUUAUGCAGUUUUCUGUCUUUUAUCGUAUGGUUUAAAUGUUGUGGUGUAAGAAUUACAAAGUUUCCUGCUAAAAUGCAGUGGAGCUGACAUAUAAAGUCACAUAAAUGUAGGACUGAGGUCAAAUAGUGUACUUUACAGUACAUGAGUAUAUUACUGAGUUACUUUCCACCACACUGCCUGGAUUAUAUAACCACAAAUCAUCCAGAUCUCCUCACUUGCAGCAUUUAUCCAAGUUUAAAAGUCAUUUAAUCUAGAUCUUAAUUCUGUCAAAGCACCAAGAUUCUGUAAGGAAACACAACACUUUGAUGAAACUGCUUGUGCCGUUGCUCCUCUCCUGUAUCACCUCUCAGGUUACUGCAGAGAGGUUCAAUAUACUUUCAGAUAGAGAUCAGUUUCAGAGAGUUUGUGCAGAUUUGUACCUCUCGCCUGUUCUGCAGGGAUGAUAAAAUGGUGAAUUUGUUUGCUUCUGUGGUUCCUAUCAAACACUGAAUGUACCAUAGCUUUGAUUUCAUGCUCUGAUUGUGUUAUUUUACUUGUGUUUAUUAUCAUUUUAUUUCCAUUGAGGCUUUAGAGUUCAGUCGACAAUCUUCGACACACACACACACACAAAAUACAAAACAAACCGCGGGAACAAAUUCUCAAUCAAACAUUUCAAGUUUCUUUUAUCGGCUGUGACAAAUCCCUACAUAUUUCUGGAAAAAUGUGCUUCAAUGAAGUUUGUUGAAGUGCGACAUAUUUAAGGUAAAUUGGUAAACACAUAAAUAAUAAUUUAAAUAAAUACAAUUCUGGAAAAGAUCAACUCAUACCAUGUAAAAAAUAAGAUUAAACUUCAUGAAUUAAACUUUCACCAUUCAGGUUCCAAACAUUAUAAACAAAGUGCAACAGAAGAUGUAACAUGUGAGGCCUGAAUUAAGACGAAAAAGCAAAUGUACACUCUGGUUACAGUAAGAGAGGCAUUGUGUGUGUUUCUUUUUGCGUGUGCUUUGAGUCACUCACUUUUCCAGUUCCAGUACAAAAUAAUUAAAUACGAGUAAAAACACGGUUUCUGUCAGAGAACGACAUUUUGUGACUCCCACCAAGUCGAGAUCAGAGAUCCUUUUUUUGUCAAUCGAGCCCUGAGCUUCCCGGUUUUAGUGUCAUGGCUCUAUCGUAAUAAUCCCGAAGACACUCUGGUGGAGGAACGCAAACACACACAUGCACACACAAACACACGCUCGCACACACACACUCACACACACAGAACUGCAGCGGGCCUGUGUGUACAAAGUAUGUAAAAGUAUCUGAAGUAUAUACAGAGGCAAACGCAGAUCUGAGUGAGCCUGGACAGGCGCUCCUCUGUCAUCUGUAAACUACCGCAGAGCACAGCCGUUAAUAUCACAGUUUCUGCAUGUUCCGCUCCUGGAUGGUCCUCUGUCAGUCUGCGGCUGCUGUGUCUCCUUGAUUUCACUCUAUGAUGACGGACAGUUUCAGGUCUCUGCAUCAGACAAAAGUGUCGAUAUUAAAUUAUGAAUAUGACUGACAAAUGGUGUGUACAGCACUUUCAAAACAAACAGUGGGUUUGGCAAACAAGUUCGUGAUCUUUACUCUUCAGUAAAGAGAGUAAAGCUCUGACAUGGCUUCUAACGUUUUAAACUAAAAAUAACUGAAGGACCUUUUACAUGACAAACAUGUCAAUACAGGCAACAACGACAACAACGAGACUUCUUACCUACGCCAUCGGCUGUAUCGUCGGCCAGGGGGUCAGAGUUUAUUACAUACUUGUUGCCAAAUAUCUGCACCAUCUGGUCAAAGAACUUGCAUUCCUGUUUGUCUCCUCUGGAAACAGGAAGCAGAAUUUCAGAGUUUGUUAGAAGGAGACAGAAAGUUUUGCCACAAAUCAAUGUGCACAUUAGCGAUGGAUCAAAUGUUACGAGGUUUAAAACAUCCUUGGAGAAUAAAACUUUAAAGAAUGUAGAUGUUAAGACCUGCAGCAUGAUCUAUUCGCCUGCUCAACCCCAAACAACGAACGGAGGGAAUCACCUUCUGCCUUCGAGGAAGUGUCGGAAAUUAGCCCUCAGUCUCUUUAUCCUGGUCUGACACUGUUCGGAAGUGCGCAUGUAGCCCUGACUGGCCAUGACCUCAGAGAUCUGGAUGAAGAUGUGUUUGUUCUUGGUGCAGCCCUUUAGGUUCUCCUGGAUCUCCUCGCUCCCCCAUAUGUCCAGGAGGGCCUCGGUCUCCCCGUCGCUCCAAGGCAGCUUAGAGCUGUCAGCCACCCACUGAUUACCUGAGGCCAACAACAGAGCGGACGUCUCAGAUUGAAAAAACUAUGUAGCGUAAUUACAAUAAUGAGAAAAGCUGUACAGGCGAUUGUAUACACUUUGACUUUGGUCCGCAACCUAAUUUAAUUUCUUACAUUCAGUUUUGAAACUUUUUCAGCUAAAAUAUGAAAGAAUAUUUAGACGUUUUGAGAGAAAAUAUUGCAUAUUUUCUUUCCAAGAGUUACACGACGCCUCUGUCAAGUUUGUAUGCUAACUGUGUAGGUAGAAGCAGCAGCUGGUUAGCUUAGCUUAGCAUACACACAGGAAAUAGCUAGGCUGGGUCUGUGCAAAGUAACAAAAUCCACCUACCAGCACCUCUAAAGCUCCCUUUUUAAUAUGUGAUAUCUUGUUCA